AUGAAUCAUGACGUAUCUGAAAGCUACUUUGAUGACUUCCUUACAAAAUUUAAAGAUUACAGUGAUACAUACGAAUCACUGUAUUGCCUUAAUGCAGUCACAAAUGAUGAAAUUGAUCAGAUAUAUCAAAAUUUCAAAUUAAUUAUGAUCCAAAAAUACAAGAUUCCUCCGAGAUAUUUGUUAGUCAAUAUAUCACAUAUGGCCCGCUAUCGAAAUCUAAAUUUAAAAAUCUAUUGGGAAAUCUUUUGGAAAAUUUAUGAAGAAUAUCAUCCUAAAUUGUCAGAUAAGAUAUCCGAGAUAUUCGCAUAUUUCCUAUACAAGAAUCAUUCGAUUUGGUGUCGUAAAAUUGCCCAUUUAACAGGAAAGCAUCAAUAUUUUAUUUUGGAUGUUCAUGAAAAAGGGACAAUUCUAAGAGCAAUUAUGUUCGAUGAUAUUACAUCAUUCCUUGUCUGUGUCGAUAGAAAUGAUUUCAAUUUGGAGAAUUUGCCAAUAAAUCCAUUAUAUCCACCUGGUUGUAAUUCAUUAUUGAAAUUAUGCUGUUAUCAUGGAGCAGUUAAAUGUUUCAAAUUAUUAAUAUCAAAAUUUAAUAUUAAAAUAGAUAAGGAUUGUCUUAAUCUUUCAUUUCUAGGUGGAAAUCCGGAAAUAUUGAAUGAAUGCUUGAAAACUCAAAAACCAGAUUUGACAUGUAUGAAAUAUGCAUUAAAGUCACAUAAUAUCCAUUUUGUUACUUAUUUGAUGAAUGAAUUCAAAAUAGAAUUGACAAUUGAUGAUUGUUGUUUAAAUAAUAAUCUACAGGCGCUCUUUAUUUUAUUGGAUCAAACAAAAGAUAUUAAUAAUAUUUUCUUCUCAUCCUUGUUUUUCCAUUCACCAGUUUUGAUUGAAUAUUUUAUAUCAAAAGGAGUUAAUGUCAACAUGAAAAGGAUUGAUCGGAAUAACAUUUUUCAUCUUGCCGUAAAGGAAAAUUUACCAGAAAUUUUAGGACCUUUGAUUACUUUUGGAAUCGAUCCAUAUUAUAAGGGUGAACAUGAUAAUACUGCUAUUCAUCUUGCUGCAGAAUUGAAUUCUAUUGAAAUUAGGGAAGCUUUAUUUUCUCUCGGUGUUGACAUCAACACGAAAAAAAGAAAUGGCGAUACUGCACUUCACAUUGCGGCAAAAUAUAAUUUCAUAGAAUUCGCUAAAUUUUUGCUUAACCAUGGGGCAGAUAUCAAUUCGAAAAAUGAAAGACUCAACACACCUCUUCAUACUGCAACAUUGAAUAAUAAUAGGGAAUUUGCAGAGUUUCUUUUAUCACAAGGAGCAGAUAUUAAUCUUAAAAAUCUUUCAGGAGAAACACCAUUGCAUACUUCAUCAUGGUGGAGAAGAAAUAAAGUAAUGGAUGUUCUAUUGAGAUUUAAUGUAGAUGUUAAUGCAAGAGAUAAUCAUGGGAGAACACCACUUCAUUGUGCGUCCUUUAAUAAUUCACUAGAAAAUGUAAUUUUGAUGCUUAAACACGGAGCUGAUCCAAAUUUAAAAGAUGAUGUAGGGAAUACUGCAUACGAUAUAGCUGUUUAUCGUGAGUGGAAUGAAUUAGCAGAAAUUCUUAAGGAUGGACAAAUGAUAAUCGAUCUACCUCCAAAAAGGGAUUUCAUUAAUAUUGUAUUAGGAAUUUAUCAUUUGAUAUUUGAAGAAAAUUAA